AUGGCGCUCAUACUCAUCCUCCUCCUCUUCUUUCCGUCUGUUGCCUAUAGUUUCCAUAUAGAUCCUUCCUCAACUACUGCAACUCCAGCUCCAACUACACUAUCCAGAGACAAUUCAAGGCCAACCUUGACGUACUAUUAUUCAACUUCACUGACUCCGCUGCCAACUCGAACGACUUAUUCUUCAACAGCUCCGUCGGGACAGCAUCCGAUGUUGUCUACGGCCUCACUUAAUGUCGCCUCAACAUGUUUGCAUAUGACUGCGGUAUCUGUCUCUACCGCUCGGCCUUGGGACCCUGAAAGAUGGACAAGAUAUAGCUGUGAAAGACUUUCAGCGAACUCGGGUCAGGAUGAUAAUGGAAGCCAGCAACUCGAUUGGAGUAGCAGGUACAAGAUCAUUGAAGGCAUUGCUAGAGGAUUACUUUAUCUUCAUGAAGAUUCACGACUAAGGAUUAUUCACCGGGACUUGAAAGCAAGCAAUAUCUUACUGGAUGCAAACAUGAACCCUAAAAUUUCAGACUUCGGUCUUGCAAAGCAUUUCGGUAUGAAUGAAACUCAAGCGAACACAAAUAGAAUUGCUGGAAUAUUUGGAUACAUGGCAUCAGAGUAUCUCAUGCGCGGAGAAUUCUCACCAAAAUCAGAUGUUUUUAGUUACGGUGUGCUGGUGUUGGAGAUUGUGAUUGGCCGAAAAAACAGAGGUAUUGUGAGAUAUCAGCCUGCAUCUGACCUUCUAAAUGAUGUGUGGAAACACUGGAAUGAAGGGAAAGCAUUAGUCUUGACCGACAAACGAAUUGGAGAGGGAUUCCCUGCUGACCAAGUACAGAGAUGCAUACACAUUGGGUUGCUUUGCGUUCAGGAAGACCCAACAAAGAGACCAAGCAUGACUUCCGUUAUGAAAAUUCGCAGCACCUAUUCCACUUCUCUUCCAAAGCCUUUGAUCCCAGGGUUUUUCACUAGAAGUAGUUUUAUCAGGGAGUCAGAUGAGCACUCUGGGAAUGCAGAAAUCCAGUUGGUGGAAAGAAGAUACAGCAGUGAAUCCACAACUCAGCUUGCAAAUCCCAGCUCCAUGAAUGAAAUUUCCCUGUCUGAUAUUGAACCUAGAUGA